ACCUAGGGAGGUUGCGGAGCGCGGCGUCCAGACCCCAUUUGGGAGGUAGGCGGGCAGGAGAGGCGCACCUGCGGUGAAGCGUGGCGCGCAAGUCGUUGCAAGCCUGGGAGGUCCGCGGAGGCGGGGCAGGCCGGGUGCAGAAAUGUCUUUUCUCCAGGAUCCAAGUUUUUUCACCAUGGGGAUGUGGUCCAUUGGUGCCGGUGCCCUGGGGGCUGCAGCCCUGGCACUGCUCUUGGCCAACACAGACCUGUUUCUGUCCAAGCCAAAGAAAGCCACACUGGAGUAUCUGGAAGAGAUCGAUUUAAAGACUCUGGAGAAGGAGCCAAGAACUUUCAAAGCAAAGGAACUAUGGCAGAAGAGUGGCGCUGUGAUUAUGGCUGUGCGUCGGCCAGGUUGUUUUCUCUGUCGAGAGGAGGCUUCCAGCCUGUCCUCUCUGAAACCGAAGCUGGAGGAGCUGGGCAUCCCUCUCUAUGCAGUUGUGAAGGAGGACAUCAGCACCGAGGUGAAGGACUUCCAGCCUUACUUCAAAGGAGAAAUCUUCCUGGAUGAAAAGAAAAAAUUCUACGGUCCCCAAAAGCGUAAGAUGUUGUUUAUGGGAUUCAUCCGUCUGGGCGUGUGGAGCAACUUCUUCCGGGCCUGGAAUGGAGGCUUCUCGGGCAACCUGGAAGGAGAAGGCAUCAUCCUUGGGGGAGUUUUUGUGAUGGGGUCUGGAAAGCAGGGCAUUCUUCUCGAGCACCGAGAAAAGGAAUUUGGAGACAAAGUAGAAUUGCGUUCUGUUCUGGAAGCUGCUGCCAAGAUCAAACCAGAGACUCUUGCCUCAGAGAAAAAAUGAUCACAGGAAAAGUUCCUGGCUCAGGGAUAAGCAUGGGCAUACACCUGGGCUCACUAGAGCUGUUGUUUCCUCCCUGAGGAGGGAGAAGCCUGCUCAUACCACAUUCUUGCUGUGGACCCCAGUGUAGUUAACACUAUUUCCUGUUUAAUCUCAGCAAGGCAAAUUGCCCCAAAACAAAACUGAUAAAAAUCGAAUGUACUAAUGAGAGUUAAUUGCAGGUAAGAUUGAGGUUUAAAGCCAACUAUAGCAACUCAUUACAAAUUAUACGGUGUUUCAAUGCUAUUAUUUAAGAUUAUUAUUUUCAUCUUUACAAAUCUAGGAAAAGUCGAGGCCAAGAUAUUGCUCAGUGGUAGAGUACUUGCCUAGCAUGCACAAGGUCCUGGGUUCUAGCUCCAGCACUGAAAAAAUAACAAAAAAACAAAACAAGAGCAACCUAAGGAAAACUGGUGAUUGACUUGAAGAUUGGGAAAUACAAGGAUUUUGGCUUAUCUACCUUCUGUUAAUGACCUGUUAUAGAAUGUCCAAGUAAUUCUCACAAAGGGAUUGAUGUUUUAUGAGCUAGUUCAGGAAAGGAAAAUUAUAACAUGAGAUCUCUUGUUUUAUUGUUUUACCAGUGCUAACCUCAGAGAUCUGAUUUUCUAAAAAUAAUCAUCUCUGGCUUUAAUAAAAUUGUAUAUCAGAAAUC